GAGCCUUUCUCAUUCCAUACACAAUAUGUCUAAUAUUAUUGGGAAUUCCCAUAUUUUAUAUGGAAGUUGGUCUUGGUCAAUACCUUGGGAUUGGUGGGAUAAGUGCUUGGCAAAUUGCCCCUGCAUUCAAAGGUGUUGGAUAUGCUUCAGCCACCAUCGCAUGUAUGCUAAAUAUUUACUACAUCGUUAUUAUUGCGUGGAGCCUUAUAUACCUGUUCUUCUCAUUCUUUCCUACGUUACCAUGGACUUUAUGUGACGCCAACUGGAAUGAUAUAUUUUGUUAUGACUAUAGCUACCAUAAUACUACAAACAAUGGAACUGCUUUUUGUACCGGACCAUACAAUAAUGUUACAAUAAAUAUGACUGAUUCUGAAACACCGUCUGAACAAUUUUGGAAUAAUGCCGUUCUUCAGAUAUCUGAUGGGAUUCACGAGAUAGGGUCUGUUAUCUGGUACCUGGCAUUGGCAUUGUUUAUAGCAUGGGCACUCACGUAUGCUUGUAUUGUAAAAGGAGUCAAAACUACGGGCAAGAUUGUAUGGUUCACUACUACAUUUCCAUAUGUUGUGUUAACAAUCCUGUUGAUCCGAGCUUGUACUUUACCCGGGGCCGAAGACGGAAUUUACUACUACCUUGUUCCUGACUGGAGUAAAUUAUUAGAGGCCCAGGUCUGGGUCGAUGCAGGCUCGCAGAUUUUCUUCUCUCUCGGUGUUGGUAUAUCCUCGCUGAUAUCAUUGGGAAGUUAUAAUCCAUACCACAAUAAUAUAGUCAUAGAUACACUUGUUGUGUGUACAGUCAACUGUCUGACAAGUUUUUACGGAGGGUUCAUGGUCUUUGCGACAUUGGGAUUUAUGGCGUGGACACAAGGCGUUGAAGUAGAAGAUGUAGUGGACUCAGGUCCUGGACUGACGUUUAUAACAGUACCAACAGCUAUAGCUGAAAUGCCUGGUGCCCAAUUCUGGGCGGUAUUGUUCUUCAUUAUGUUGUUACUUUUAGGACUUGACAGUCAGUUCUGUGUGGUUGAGGGAUUUUACACCUGCAUUGCCGACGAAUAUCCUAAGUACCUUAGAUCAAAGCGACCUCUCUGUUUAUUCAUCGUGUGUUGUGUUUACUACCUCUUGGCGUUACCCUGCAUAACAAACGCGGGAAUGUAUUUCUUCACAUUAAUGGACGGCUAUGGAGCAAGUGGAUAUGUGUUGUUGUGGGUUGCAUUGUGGGAAUGUAUCGUCAUUAGUUAUGUAUAUGGUGUCAAGAAAUACCUGAAAGGCAUGACGCACAUGUUGAAAUCUAAACCAAACUGGUUUUGGCCAGCUUGUUGGUGUUUUAUCUCACCAUGUAUUCUCAUUUUUAUUCAACUUUUUAGUUUCUUGACUUAUGAUGGUUUUAUGUAUGGCGAGGAUUACACUUACCCGGUAUGGGGUGAAGUAUUGGGAUGGUUGAUGGCUGCCUUCUCAAUGCAUUGGAUUCUGACCUAUUUCAUAUAUGCUUAUAUUGUUAGUCCUGGUAAUUACAAGGAGCGCUGGCAUACAAUGAUCCAUCCUCGUCCGUGGUUAAACCUGCGUGGUCUUGAUGACGACAUUCCAGACGAUUACCAGCCAACAAAGGACGCCAUGAUGAUGACAGAUGACGACGACUUCGAUGGAGAAAGUCCAACUGGCAGUGAUAACAGCGCACCCCCAAGCUAUGAAAUGACCGCAAUAGAAAUUAAGGAAACAUAAGUGCACAUUCACGUGUUGUGGCAAAG